CUGAACAGUAAUUUUAUUCGCAAGGCCAUGACUCUCACUCCGCUGCCCUCUCUCGCAAUCUCGAAGCUAUCGGAACAAAAUCAGCGACGCAUUUGCAGGUUGCUGGCGCAUAGGCCGCCAAGCAUUGACCUACGGAAGUAUUCCUCUACGCGGCAGGCUGCCGUGCUCAUCUUGCUCUUCGAGACAGAGGGAGAGCUUAGGGUGCUCUUGACGACUCGCGCGAAGACUCUGCGCACGCACCCUGGUCAGACGGCUUUACCCGGGGGCGCAAAAGAUGACAGCGAUGCCAGUUUAGUUGACACUGCGUAUCGUGAGGCCAUGGAAGAAGUAGGCUUGCCACUGGAUCAUCCGAACGUCCAUACGUUAUGUUUCCUCCGGCCUUUUAUUGCCUGGACCCGGUCAUUUGUGCUCGUGACGCCCGUCGUAGCACUUUUAACAGAUCCUUCUGUUCUCUCGAAACUCCGACCUGCAGAAGCGGAGGUGGAUUUAAUUUUCGAUCAUCCGUUGUUUGCCCUCCUCGAUCCAUCCACGAGCAAGUCGGAGCCUCUCGUGGCGUUGAAUAGCGAGCUAUGGCCGUCUAGCGAUCCCUGCUAUAACUACGCCGACAGCCAAUGGGCAUGGAUGGGGAAUUCUACAUACAGGCUGCAUCGAUUCCGGACAGCGGCAGCAGCGAUCAAGGGUCUCACAGCAGAUGUUCUGGAGGCCUCUUGGAUCCCGGUUGACGCCGCGGCGCGCACAGCAGUCGACAUGCUCCGCUCGUCAGGUUCCGGUUUCUCAACGUACCACCUCGCGCACCCGCGGCCCGUGCAUUGGCGCACACUGUUUGCGCCGAUUGCGCAGGCUCUCGGGCUGCAGUCCGUCACCUACGAAGCGUGGCUGCAACAGCUCAGAAACAGCAGCGAGCGGUCCAGGCGCAUGGCGCCCGACCGGGAGGUUGAGGAGCUACAGCGCAACCCCGCACUCAAACUUAUCGAGCACUUCGAAGAGAUGCAUGCCGGCGGCGCGAAGGGCGGUGACGAGGCGUCCGAGGUGACGCGAGAGGCGCUCGGCUUGCCGAAGCUUUCUGUGGCUCGGGCAGUACAAGUAGCUCCCUCGCUAAGCGAGGAGAAUCUCCCACAGCUCACAGCGAAGGACGCCAUGCAAUGGGUGCAGUACUGGAAGUCAAUACAAUAUCUGCAGUAAUGUGCGCUUUCUGACAUGGACCAUACUGAAUGGAAUGUACCUGUACACUUCACUAAUUGUGCGCACAAUCCGAGGCAAAUACAUACUCUGUUGAGAUAGUGUGUAAUUAUGCUUCAUCUCACAGAUGAGAUCACUCACCUUGCAGUGUCAACUUUCAAGCAUUUUUCGCAUUCUGUGCGGAGGCUAUCUUCUCUUCACGUUUAACAGCAGCCCAUGCUAAGGCAGCUCCAGGACCUCCGACGAUGCUGAUGAAGAGCAUACGGAAGGCCCAACUUUCGAUACCCAUCGAGGGAAACCCUGUUCGCAUAUGGAGAUGGGACCGCGCAAAGAAUGUCAGGAUAGCAAUGGUCAUGAUAAGCCAGUCGUGCUGGAAGAGCAGUCGGCUGCAUGGUCGAUAUGCAGCCAGCGAGCCGGCAGGUAGCGAGAUGGGAAGGUAUGGGUGUAGCCAGAAUGGGAUGAAGAUGUUCGCGAAGGAAUGUGACGACUCGGUCGUGAAUAGAGAUGGCACGAAGACGUACAGGUGCGCCCAGGCCGCAAUCAGGCCGCAAGCAUAGUACGACCGGCUGAGCCAGAUGAGUACUCGCGAUGCAUCCUGGUGAGGGCCUGCAGAUGGGCCGAAGGCAGAUAAAUCCACUUUGCGGAAUAAGGCCCAGAAUGCAGCAAUGUAGAGUGGAAACGGCUGCCAUGCUGCCGAAAUCUUCUGGACAGUGUCUAGGGACACUCCCUUUGGCGGAAAGACCAAGAACCACGAAGGGACGAGAUAUCCCAAGAUGAUGGCUGGUAGUAUGGUUUUCACUCUUGUAAGCGCGUCUGCGGGUAGGAGCGUCGGUAUACUGGAUAUGUUGUGAAUGUGAGAUACGAAGUACGCGGGUAAUGUGACUCCGGCUGUCAAGAAUUGCGCGAGGAUGCACACGAAGGUAGGCCUGAAGAGCUUAGCGACCUUGAGC